CUUCAAAACAUUUGGUUUCCUGAAAUUGAAGUCAGACGGGAAGGAAUUGCGAAUACCUACACAAAAACUUUGGAAUGCAUAUACCGAGAUCCAGUUCCUGCAAGCAACCCGUGGGCAAAUUUUGCCGAGUGGCUGGAAGGCCGUUCCGAAUCCAGUCUGUACUGGAUCACUGGCAAUUUGGCAAAGCUGGAACGGGCAAAUCUACUCUAAUGAAGUUCCUGUACAAUAACCCUUUCACUGAGUAACCAUACCACCUCCCUAUUGUUGCUUCAGCGUUCUUCUUUUGGAACUCUAGUUCUGAGAUACAAAUGUCGCGAAUAGGCCUUUUACGCACUCUUCUUUACGAAGCUCUCAGUAAACGUCAAGACCUCAUUCAUAUCGUGGCCCCAAAGAGAUGGGAUGCAUGCCGCCUGUUUGGAAACGAUCCAUAUCCAUGGUCACAGACCUCCUGUUAGAGGCUUUGGCGACCCCUGUACGGGAAGGCGGCAAGACUGCACAGCUCUGCUUUUUCAUUGAUGGACUCGAUGAAUUUGAGGGAAGCUUCGAAGACUGCCAAAAUCUGAUCGACUCGUUAAUGCCCGACAGUGAAAAUUUGUAUUUCCAGUCGCCCUUGGCCUAUCUUCCAGGAUUCAUUCGAGAAAAAAACCCCCCCAGCCUGCUUCUGCAAUGCUUUACCUAUGCCGAUAUGUACCUCUAUGUCAAGACCAAACUGGAGCAGAAUGUUGGUUUCGCUGAACUUUCUCACAGAGACUUGACAUUCUGCUCAGACUUAGUGGGUGGCAUUGUACAAAAGUCUGCUGGUAUGUGGCUGUGGGUAUACUUUGUCAUGAGAUCAUUACUUGAGGCCUUUACAUAUGGUGUCAGGACAUCACAUCUCCGCGAGAUUUUGGAUAGUCUUCCAGCAGAGCUUGCAGAUCUCUUCCAGAAGAUGUUGUCCAGACUAAAACCUAAGUAUCUGGAACAGGUAUCGCAGAUAUUUCAGAUAUUCCGUGUCGCGCCUGCUCCACCCUCUCUCCACCUAUUAUCAAUUGUGGAUGAGGAAGAUGAUCCAAAUAUCGCCUUACAGCUCGAGUGCAAACCUCUGGAUCCCCUAGAAGAGCAGACUUGACUAGGGUCAAUAGACUGUCCCUAAACAAACUCCAAAGGGCUGCUGGAAAUUAAGGACAGAGGCAUACACCCCAACGACACGUUAGAUUUACUCGAUUUCAGCCUCCAAAAUCCGCCACCACCAACAACUGUGGCUGAUCUCCG